UAUCACAGCCCUCACACAUAUCGAGUGAGAUUUGUGUGGCGCAUAUGUACUUGGUGCCUCCUCCAUUUAUGAAUUCGUGUAAAAUAACCUUUUCUGAAUUUUUCCUGAUGAUGAGCUAUUCACUAAAAUAUGUUUAAUAUAUAACUAUCGCAUUGACCACUGAGUAAGCAAUGCAUAGGUUAGAUAUAGGGUAUUGGUGAAAAAUGACAAUUCGGUUAGUGAAGUUGUAAAUCUUUUUCGACUAGUUUUGUUAGGAAAUGUGUUGCAUAUACCUAACCACCUCCUACCUCGAUGAGCGAUUCUUACUGAUAUUGAGUUAGAUUGGAACGGAGCUAUGUCCGGUUAAACCAAGGUAUGGCUUUACUGCACGAAGUCAUUGAUCAUUGUCAUGAGUCAUGCUAAUAAAUGCAUGCUAUCUGGUUGGGGUCUUCACGAUUAUCUCACGAAAUAAUCGUAGACUUUGUGUAACGUGGUUUAGAAUCAUACGCAAUGGUGCAGGUGAAUUUAGUCUGUCUUAGGUCGGUCAAAGACAAAGAAGGCAGGAAAAUCACCGAAAUUCAACAACAGCGUAACAGAUGGGUAGAAUACUUCGAGGAACUCCUGAAUUGGCCGGCUCCAAUGAAUCCACCGGACAUCGAGACAGCACACACAUAUCUUCCUAUAGAUGUCAAUCCAUCAACUACGGAAGAAAUUAGAAUGGCCGUCAGACAAAUCAAGAACGGGAAAGCAGCAGGAUCCGACAACAUACCAGCUGAAGCACUGAAAUCAGACAUCGAAGCAACCACAAGCAUGCUUUGUCUUCUAUUCAAAAAGAUUUGGGAGAAGGAACAAGUGCCAAUGGACUGGAAAGAAGGACACCUCAUCAAGAUUCCAAAGAAAAGAGAUCUGAGCAAAUGUGAAAACUACAGAGGCAUUACACUACUGUCAAUACCAGGGAAAGUCUUCAACAGAUUGUUGCUGAACCGGAUGAAGGAUGCAGUAGACGCCCAACUUCGAGAUCAACAAGCUGGAUUCCGAAAGGAUCGGUCGUGCACAGACCAAAUUGCAACACUACGGAUCAUCGUCGAACAAUCAGUUGAGUGGAACUCGUCACUGUACAUCAACUUCAUUGAUUAUGAAAAGGCAUUCGACAGUGUAGAUAGGAGGACAUUAUGGAAACUUCUUCGACAUUACGGAGUUCCUGAGAAGAUUGUCAAUAUAAUCCGGAACUCAUACGACGGACUACAGUCCAAAGUAGUGCAUGGAGGACAGCUGACAGAUGCAUUUCAAGUAAGGACUGGAGUCAGACAAGGCUGUUUACUCUCUCCCUUCCUCUUUCUUCUGGUGGUCGACUGGAUUAUGAAGACCUCAACAUCUGAAGGAAAACACGGAAUACAAUGGACAGCUCAGAACCAAUUAGACGAUUUGGACUUCGCAGAUGACCUAGCCCUCCUAUCACGUACACACGAACAGAUGCAGAUGAAGACAGCCAGUGUAGCAGCAGUUUCUGCAUCAGUAGGCCUCAACAUACACAAUGGGAAAACCAAGGUCCUCAAAUUCAAAGCGGAGAACAGCAAUCCAACCACACUUGAUGGCGAAACUCUGGAAGAUGUAGAGUCCUUCACAUGCCUGGGAAGCAUCAUCGAUCAACAAGGAGGUUCAGAUGCAGACGUAAAGGCGAGAAAAGGUAAAGCAAGGGCCGCUCUUCUACAAUUGAAGAAUAUAUAUAAAACUCAAAACAACUUUCAACCAAUAUCAAAGUGAGAAUCUUCAAUACGAACGUCAAGGCAGUUCUACUGUAUGGAGCUGAAACUUGGAGAACUACAACAACCACAAUCAAGAAAGUACAAGUAUUUAUAAAUAGCUGUCUACGCAAGAUACUCAACAUCCAUUGGCCUGAUACCAUCAGCAAUAGCCUUCUGUGGGAGAGAACAAACCAACUUCCAGCUGAAGAAGAAAUUAGGAAAUGACGAUGGAAAUGGAUAGGACAUACAUUACGCAAAUCGUCAAACUGCAUCACGAGGCAAGCCCCAACUUGGAAUCCUGAAGGGAAGCGAAAAAGAGGAAGGCCAAAGAACACAUUGCGUCGUAUAAUAGAAGCAGAUAUGAAAACGAUGAGUUACAACUGGAAGGAGGUAGAAAGGAUUGCCCAGGACAGGAUUGUAUGGAGAAUGCUGAUGAGCGGCCUAUGCUCCUUCACGAGGAGUAACAGGCGUAAGUAAGUAAGU